AUGACCGCGCGUACAGUACGAGUAACUUCAUAUUCGAUCCUUCCCGAUCUGCAGGCGUCAAUCCCCGCGCUCGGCGCGACGCUGGACGACCACGGGGGCUGCGUGUUCCGCGUGUGGGCUCCGCACCCUCAGCGCGCCACAUUAGUCGUCAAGCGCCUCUCGCCCGCCCGCGCUGGCGCUGGUGGCGGUGACGCGGAAGGCGCGGCAGCAGAAGGCGAGAGGGUGGAGAUGGGGCGCGACGGCAACGUGUGCUACCGCGCUACUGCCUUUCUUCUGGCACUUUCCGUGCGCCUUGCCAGUGCCGUUAUUCCACCCUUCGUGCUCCAGGGCGACAAGUAUCACUUGGUGUUCGAGUGGGAGGGAAAGAUCCUGGAGAGGCGGGACGCGAGGGCGCGCGCGACGGACUACGAGAGCAACGACUGCAUCGUGGUGGACCCGCGCUUCUCCUGGACCCCCUUUGAACCGCCCCCGUUCGAGGCCCUCAAUAUUUAUCAGCUGCACGUUGGCGCUUUCACCGGGCGUCUGCCGGGUGGCGGCACGUUCGCUGCGCUCAAGGAGAAGCUGCCGUACAUCAAGAGCCUUGGGUUCAACGCCGUUCAGAUGCUGCCAGUGCACGAGUACUGCGGGCAGUGGGGCUACAACCCCCGCCUGCUCUUCGCCCCCCACCCCUUCUACGGCUCCCCCCUGGAGCUCCGAGAGCUGGUUGACGCCGCCCAUUCCCAAGGCAUGGCGGUCAUCUUCGACGUGGUGCUGCACCAUCUGGCGCCCAACCUCAACAGUCUCUGGGAGUAUGAUGGACCGACCAAGAAGGGAGGGCUGUACUUUGACGGGGGCGGCGACUCAUCAUGGGGCAAGACCUUCGCGUGGUGGCAGCAGGAGGUGAAGGACAUGGUGCUGGAUGCCGCUCGCCUCUUCCUCCACGAGUACAACGGCGACGGGCUGCGGUUUGACUGUGUGCACGCCAUGCCGUGGAAGGUGUCGCAGAGCCUCACGUGGCACCUGCACCGCGAGUUCCCCCACCGCAUCCUCAUCUCCGAGAUCACCCCCGAGGUACCGGAGGUGCUGUCAGACGCGGGGUACGACGCGACGUGGAUGCACACGUCCUUCUACAAGAUGCGCUCCUUCAUGCUCUCCGAUGGCCCCCGCCCCCUGGGCCGCCUGCAGGCGCUGCUCACCCUGCUGCCCGGCUACUCCAAGUCAACGCAGUGUGUCAAGUACUUCCUGGGGUCGCACGACCAGGUCGGGUGCCGCAGAGAUGGCAGAUAUGACGAUGACAUACAGGGUUACCACAGGUACGCAGUGGACCUGUUUGGGGGCCGUGAGGAUUGGACUGCGCGCGCCAAAGUGCGCAUGUGGUUCGCCUGCCAGGUGUGCGCACAGGGCAUACCAAUGACGUUCAUGGGGUCGGAGACCAUGCAUCCCAGGUGGUGGGGGGUCACUCCCAGAGACAUGCUCGACUGGCAGUACACUGAGGACAUGGUGGGGCAGCAGAUGCAGGCGCUGGUGCGGGCGGCCAACGGGCUGCGGGCGGCGAGUGCAGCGCUGCAGCGGGGGGCAUUUGAGACGGUGCACUACGAUGAGGUCAACUGUGUCAUCGCGUUCAGACGCCAGACCGAGAGCGAGGCACUCCUGGUGGUGGUGAAUGCGGGCGAGGCCCAGUGGGAGAAGGCCGACUAUGGCGUUCGGGUGGGCGGCGGUGAUCGGCCGUAUGUAGAGGUGUUCAACUCGCAAGAUGCCGAGUACGGGGGGUGGGCCACGUCUGGCAAUGCUGGCAAGCAGCUGACCCCGAACCAUGGCAAGCUCUUCGUCAACCUGCCCAAGUGGGGCGUGCUGGUCUUUAAACCAGCUGAAUAG